CUGUGUGGUGCCCGCCCGGGCGGGGAUGCUGCGGCUGGGCAGCCGGCUGCGGGGACCGGUGCCAGGCCUCGGCGUCACGGCCGACGCUCGGCUCCACUGCGGCGCCGGGAUGCCCAGGAAAGCGGGUGCGACGAGCAAGGGUAGAGGCCAGAGCAAGGACCACGAGACACCGCGUCCUCCCUCGGGUCCCGUGGCCGUCGAUCCUAAAGGUUGUGUCACCAUAGCCAUCCACGCCAAGCCCGGCGCCAAGCAGAACGCUGUGACAGAUUUGACCGCUGAAGCCGUAAGCGUCGCCAUCGCAGCGCCUCCGUCGGAGGGAGAGGCCAAUGCUGAGCUCUGUCGCUACCUCUCCAAGGUCCUAGAGCUCAGGAAGAGUGACGUGGUUCUAGACAAGGGUGGUAAGUCUCGGGAGAAGGUGGUGAAGCUCUUGGCCUCUACAACUCCAGACGAAAUCUUGGGGAAAUUAAAACAGGAAGCUGAGCAGAAGUAAAAGCAAGAAAUGAAAAAGUCAUCCCUGAGAAAUUUACUGCUAGUGAUGAACAGACUACUAGAUAGGAAAAAAUGUUUAAAUGCACAGAACAUGGGGGAAAAUGCAUUUGUGUGUAUUAAAUAUAAAUAAGACUCAGGAAAAAGUAGGAAGCUUUAAAGUUACUGCACAUUGAAUACAGGCUCGAAAGCCCCCAAACAGCCCGGAACACCUCACUCUGAUUUCACGGCGUUACCAGUUAACAGCGGGAGAACGUUCCACAGGACCCGGUUUUGCCCCUUUUGUCCUGUGAUGGGCUUCUGGUGCCCACAAGUGAUCCAAGGUCGCAGCGUGCAGGGUGGCGCUGGCGGCCGGAUCCUCCACCCCUGGUUGAAAGCGUCACCCUGGCUACACGCUGAGGUGGAAUCUCUGUAGCGAGUCUGGAAUCCUGGGACCGCCUUCUCGUCCGGUUUACCAGAGACAGGAGAACCAGGCAAACACUGCUCUGAGCGUUUACAUUUCAGCAUGAUACUACAUGCAAAAGUGUGUUUUCACAACAAUUUUGAGCAUCUUGUGAAAAGAAUAAUCAAGACCUGUAAUUACACGUUAACCAUUUCUGAAGACACUGGAUUUCCUUCCUCCUCCAUGGGAACUUCAGUCAUCAAACCCGGUAGUUUUAGGGAUCUCCAAAGAUCCCGCAAAGAAACACUAGGACUUGGAAGCAGUUUUCCGUGUGUGUAAAAGCCCAUCAGAAGCCGCGUCCGUAUUAAAGCUUCAGACGCUGUAAUAAAUACAGUUGGACGUACUCCCCGCAAGCUCGAGUACUUCAGUGAGGAAAAGAGUUCCCUUGCCCUUGCUCAUCAGAGCUGAUUCGCAGUCCUGUGCCUUGUCUGAUAGUGCCUGAGAAAAUGUCCUGACGGAGAAGCGAGUGGACGCCGCCCGUCAGGCCAGUAAUAAAGAUUCUUGAUGGUGAAGGAGCUGGAAGCUGCUCACCUGGCACAGCUCUCACUUUGUUGCUGGGACCCAAGGGCGGGGAAAGUUGGAUGGCGUAUUCAAGGUGACAGCACACAGGAACGGCAGGGCUUGACUUGGGCUCAGUGCCUUGUCUUUUUUUUUU